UUUUAGAAUGCAUUUUUGCUUACUGCUCGUUAUACUUUCUAUUGCGACAUUCUCGACAGCUGUGAGACAACAAGCUGUUGCAAUCAAAGGUAAACUAUUAUGUGGUAGUGCACCUGCACGAAAUGUUCGAGUGAAACUUUGGGACGAAGAUUCUGGACCUGAUCCGGAUGAUCUUAUAGCACAAGGAUACACCGAUGAACAAGGUAUGUUUAUGCUGGAAGGUGAUACUGCUGAAUUAACUACAAUUGAUCCGGUAUUUAAAGUAUAUCAUGAUUGCAAUGAUAGUCUAAAGGUAGGACAACGAAAACUGAAAUUCAAAAUUCCAUCCAGUUAUAUAACGGAAGGUAAAAAAGCUAAGAAGGUGUUUGAUAUUGGUGUCUUAAAUUUGGAAACAAUAUUUCCGGAUGAAGAACGUGAAAUGAUCCCUUCAUAAAUGCAUGCAUUACGCAUGCAUGUAUGCAUGCAUGCAUGUAUUCAUAUACGCACCAAUUAAAUUCGACGAAUGUUAAUUGGAAAUGGAAAAGAA